UCACGAUAAUCUGGCAACGGAUUUUACAUUGUCGUAGUUUUGCGAUCGUACCGACUCUGACACAAAUUAGUCGGAACGCACGUUGGUCACAGGCUUUCCACAAGUAGCGAACAGCUAGCUUCACUUUUCCAAAUUACUUCGUAUGCGUACGAAGUAGUAGCUUCGACUACUGGUCUGAGAGAUUACCCAUCCAGCGUCGAUAGGGAUCUGCUCCACUCUUGAACAGUGGCUCACCUCCGCGCUCAGCCGCGCAAUCCCACAAGGAAAAAAACCCGUAUAAAUUACAGUUCAUCCUGACUAUCGUAGGUGGUCGGGUUAUUGACCUGGUACAGGUUAUCGACCUCUUGGCGGUGCAUAAUAAUUCUGCCGGCAUCAUCGAUAACCACACCAUGAUACGAGCUUUAAUUACAGGCAAAAAGUGGAGUAUGACCGAGCAAAGAGCACUAGUCGCCAGCAACUUCUGCAUCCGGAGGCGGUGGCCAAGGCGGGUCAAUAAUAUGUACGAAGUACCAGGUCAACAUAACCCGUCCACCAACGGUAUCCGAUCUCAUAUCACCGAUCUCCUCUGCACCCAAAGGCACUUCAACCUCAAGCACCAACACCAACACCUCAACGCUAUCAGAAUGUCUAGCAAGACACCAUCACUACUUCCACCCGCAUACACGCCCUCUGAUGAAAAAUCUUCACCUGCUCAACCUACGUCGAAAGUCUCCAUAAACAUCACCGGCCCGAACACUGACAUCGAGAAAGCCAACACCGCACCGGCUCGCCAGAGCAGAGUUUUUACCUGCCUAAAGAUCUGCGAGGGUCUUACACCUGCCGCCUGGUAUGCAGCCGCUGUCUUCAUGGUGUUAUUGUUUCUCGAUCUGCUUGUGGCAAAAAUUCUAGGAAGAAAGCCUAUAUAGAAGUUGCCAGAAGUAGGGGGCGUGGGAAGCGAAACGAAGCCCAUAGAAGUAUACAAUUGUGCGCUCGCACAUCAAGAAGAGCAUUUCCUCUUGAAGCAUUGGAUGGUACAGUGUGU